UUUUAUUUUUUUGAGCUAGCCUUCGGUGUGGAGGUGCAACGCCGGCACCACCAGUGUGCUGGCGUCCGGGUCCCAGCGGGUUUUCACGUAACAAGUACACCACACCACGAAAAUGCUCGCUCUUGUCGCCUCCUCGCACGGCCUCUUGCUCUCGCCGCCUCCUGUCGUCGCGACGCAGCCGGCGCCCGCGGUCGUCGAGUGGCGCAUGCCGCUCCUCCUCGCCGACUCGAUCGACGACUUUGCUGAGAAGGAGAUUGCGAGGCAAGCGCAGAUCGCUGCGCAGAAGAAGGCAUACCAGCAGAAGGUCGCGGCGCAGGAGGCACAGGCGGCGGCCGAGGCCGAGGCGGCGCAGGUGGCCGAGGCGGCUCGCCUCGCCAAGAUCGCGCAGGCCAAGGCGGACAGGGCAGCAAAGGCCGAGGCGGCAAAGCUCGCCUCCGCCGAGGCCAAGGCUGCCAAGGCGGCCGAGGCAAAGACGGCCGUCGCCUCCUCGGGCGGCAAGAAGCCAAAAUACGAGGUGCAGUACGUCAACAAGCAGGCGGAACGGAUCGCCGAACGAGAGGCGAACGGCGAGGCGAAGCCAUCGCUCGGCUUUGGCUUCUGAGAGGCUGUGAUUCCGAGAGGAGUCCGGUGCUGCUGGCAAAGGCCGCCCGUCCCCGCCCCCGUCCCGCGCGCUCCACGGCUACUUAGGGCUAGGGCGACGCCGCGCUGGGCAGACCGGCGGGCGGUGGGUUCCGACUGAUGCCCGCAGAGUCACGCAAACAACGGCGUUGUAAGGCUGUAAGUCAGGGAUAUAACUAAAGCAAACGCCCAACCGCAGAGAGAUGUGUCAUGUACCGUUGUUCCUUUCUUUUGAGCCCGGUUCUGC